AUGUCUGUUCCUACUCUUCCGCUCUCUGACGGCACGCAGAUCCCGUCGCUCGCUUGGGGAAACGGUACGGGCGACGCGAAGAAGACCGCGACCGAGAGCGGCCAGCUCGCCAUCAAGGUCGGUAUCCGGCACAUCGACACGGCCCAGGGCUACGAGAACGAGAAGGAGACGGGCGAGUCGAUCGCUAUCGCGGAGAAGGACAACGGGAUCAAGGCAGGCGAGAUCUACUUGACGACUAAGCUCUCGACGGAGAAGGGCGACCCCACGAACCCGGGCAUCUCGCUCGAAGAGCUCCGCGACUCGGUCCGCGGCUCGCUCCAGCGUCUCGGUCGCCAGCCCAACCUCGUCCUCAUCCACAACCCCUUCGUUCCGCCCAAGGGCAAGCUCGUCGAGUUCUGGAAGAUCCUAGAGGAAAUGAAGGACAAGGGCGAGUUGACGGCUUCGCUCGGCGUUUCCAACUUCCGGCCGCAGGACUUUGAGGAGCUGUUGCCACACUGCAAGUACCCGCCUGUCAUCAACCAGCUCGAAUACCACCCCUACGUCCUCACGCACCUCCAGCCCGUCCUCGACAUUAUGGAGAAGCACAACAUCCGCGUCGAGUCGUACGGCGGCCUCUCCCCUCUCCUGCGACACCCGACCGGCGGACCCAUCAAGCCUCUCCUCGAGAAACUCGCGGCGCGUCUCUCGAAGGAGACAGGCAAGGAUGUCGAUGCUGCCAUGGCGCUCAUCCUGUGGCAGAGGUCGAAGGGCGUCGUCGUCGUGACGGCUUCAGGCAACGCCGAGCGGAUCAAGAAGCUUUCGCUCACGCAAGAGCUGCCCGACUUGACGAAGGAGGAGGUUGACAAGAUCGAGGCUGUCGGCCGCAAGAUCCACUACCGUGCUUACGACGAGCACAUGUGCGUCGACUUCCCGGCGCCCGACCUCCCCAAGGACGCAUAA